UCGUCCAGCGGGAUGAAAUCCAUGAGCAGGACGUAGUCGGCCAACGGAUCCAACCCCGAAAGCUUCACCUGAAAGGUGGGGAACAUCCUCCUGCGCAGAGAGGGGGGUGGGAAGGGGGUGUCCCCCCCACCUUUGCAGCCCCCCAGGCCACUCCGGUUCCCACCUGCCUGCCUUGGUGACGAUCAUCUCGGUGCCCAGGCGGUUGAACUCCUCCCAGAGGCUGCCCAUCUCCAGCCGUGCCGCGGCGUGGCACACGUGCCGGUUCUUGCCGCUGGCCCCCGGCCCCUCGCCAGCCCACCCGAGGCCAGGGGUGCACGGAGACCCCUCACCCGGGCCCCCCAGGAAGGCUGCAGAGGGUUGAAGGGAUGCUGGUCAGGGGGAGCAGACCCCGUGCAGGGCCACCCCAUCACACCCUCCUCCAUGGAGAUGGUGGCAGAUCAGGGUCUCCUCUCCCCCACCACGUGGGGUUUUAUCCCCAUCCCCACCCCAAAAUCCCACAGGACCCCACCACUGGGUGCAGGGGUGUUGUCACGGGUGGGUUUUACCUGCCAUGGGUGUGGUGGGAGGACAGGAGGUGUCCGUGGCUCCGUUCCCCGGCAUGGUGGCAGUGGGACCCUGCCAAAGCCCCCUCCCAGUGCAGCGCCGGCUCUGCAGUGUCCCUGCAGCAUGCCGGGGGUUUUAUGCCCCAGCUCGGGGAUGGAGAGGCGGGGGCUGGAGCCGAGGUGGUCCUUGGGGGCUGGAGCACGGCCCCCUUCCCCAGCCUGCCUUCGCGCCUUGACGCGGUGAUGAUGGACGGGAGGCGAGCGGUGGCACUGCUGGGACCACCACCAGUCCCCAAACAGGGCUUGGGAUGCCCCGGGCUGGGCAGGGACAUCUUUCUGGGGGUCUUCUUGUCCCUUCAUAUCACAGAUCUGAGCGGGGGGAGGUGGGGGCUCCCCCAGGCAAAGCCCCUCUCGGAACGCAGCCGUCACCACCUGAUAUUGAAAGCCACGGUGAGGUGUUGAGGGACUGGCAAAGAUCCACUGCUCCAGCAGAGCCUCUGCAGCUCCGGAGGCAGGAACGAGCUGCCCCCUCCUGAAACUCCCCCCAAGGUGGGUCCAGUCUCUGCCCUGGUGCCUGGGAGCCCCUGUGCCCCUUGUGCAGUGACAGCAGGAGAUGGAUGGGGACAAGCAGGCGCCGCAGGGCUGAGGGCUCUUUGUGGGAGGUGACGGACACCGGGAUGGGGCAUUCACCAGGAAAAGCAGAGGGGUUACUCCAGAGCCCCCCUGCUCCCCUUCAAACUGCACUGGGGCCAUGGACACUGUCUCAUAGCUCACCAUGGAGUGUAUUCUACAGGGAUGAGCGAUGCUGAGGCUCUGGGAGAGGGUCUGGAGGACCCGGGAUGUCCUUGUGGGGAUGCUGAUGGCUUUUCUGUACCAGUUGGUGUCCCAGUGACGGCAGCACUGGCUUGAACUCCCUCCCUGCUUUGCACAGGGCUGGACAUUUUCUCCAGCUGGGCUCAGCCUUCUGUCCAGCCUCGGGUUUGGCACUUGAAGAUUGUAACACAGAGGGGACCGCGUGUCCCCGGGCACUGUGGGGCAGCUCCUGCGUUUGGAACCAGGGCCAGGACUGAUGUGAAGCAGGGAGGAGCCCCCUCCCCAGUUCCCUGUGUCCCCCACACGUGUCCGUGCCCCGCGGGGCCGGCUCAGCCCCAUCCAUCUCCUGCUGUCAGCCGGCCUCGGCUGCGGGGCGACGUCCAGCCGGAUGAGGAGGUGUGAGAGAGGCAGAGCUGGCAGGAGCACGGAGGGGGCUCAGCCCCAGGCAGGAUCGCUCCUGCCAAGGCUCAUCCACAGCUCCUGCGUGGAACUGGAUGAGCUUUAAGGUCCUUUCCAAUCCGAGCUGUUCCAGGAUUCUCUCGCUGGUGAAGAUGACUGCAGGGAAUAACUGCCCCAGACAGCAGGGAAGGCUGGACAGAGCUGUGGAGGUUGUGGUGGCCACCAAGAUGGAGCAGGAGGCGAGUGUUGGCACACAGUCAGAUGACUCCCUGCAAUGAGCCUCUGACUCAGCUGGAAUGGGGAAGUGAAAGCUGCUGGUGGGGGCAGUGAGGGGAGAAGAGGAACUGGCCCUGUUUCCCAGGGCGCAGUGAGCAGCCGGCACGGUGGGGUCAAGAGGGAAGUGAGAAGGCAGGGAGUGACAACACUCAUUUCUGAACCAGAAACACACCACACCUGUCUGUUAGGUGCUUCAGAGACCCUUUGGCAACUGCUCAUGUGGGGAAGGUGUAAAAGUUAAAAUCUUCCAGCCACGUUAGAGAGUGGAACAGGAAAAACUUCCUGGUUCUGGAGAGACCGAUGGGGCUUGGGGACUUCAGCUCAAGGACCUGUGAGUAUCUUCACUCAAGCUGCCAUUAACUAAAAGGUGGAACUUCAAGUGGUUCUGGGACAAUUUCUUGCUGGAUGGGAAUGGUAAAUCCCUCAUAAAUUGCACUAGGAGGGGGGUGCUUUUCCCUUGAAGCUGCACAUGGGUGAACUUGCAAUCAGGAAUGCUGGUCUCAUUUUAAUUGACCCAAAUUGAUUUGAAAUCACUUCAACGGUGUCCGUUGUCAAUUUGAUGCAACAGUAAUUAACGUGGAAAAUUAAGGCAUUAUUGUUAUGUUAUGGAUGUUGUUGUAUUUGUCAUUGUGUUUAUUUGUCCCUAAAUAAGAACAUCUCCCUCCCCCCCACAAAAUGGCAUUUCUUCCAGGGACAAAUGGCAGUGUCCAAGGCCAGGCUGGAUGGGGCUUGGAGCAGCCUGGGAUAGUGGAAGGUCCUGCCCAUGGCAGGGGUGGAACGAGAGCAGCUUUAGAUCCCUUCCAACCCAACCCAUUCCAGGAUUCCAUAAUUCUGUGUGCACCCGGCUCCUUCAAUGCCUCCAAACCUCCUGGUGUUGUCUCUCACCAUCUCCUCUCCAGUGUGUCUCUUUCCACCCAGGCAAGGCUGAUUUUCCACCCCAGCUGCAGUUUUCUGAUUAUUCCUGCUUCCAGGCUUCAGGACUUGAGUCAUCUCAGCCCAGGACUCAUCCUCUCUCCUUGCAGGCUCUGAAUGAGUCACUACAGGGUCCCCUGAUGGAGACAACAAUGUGUCUGGGGGCUUUGACUCAUCUGAUCUAUUUGAAACAUUUUUUAUGGAAAAAUGGCAUGGAUUUCUCCACUUGCUGCCUGGUGGUGAAGGGUGGCGGGGUGACACAGUCACGUGGGAGAUGUGGGAUUUAUUCAGAGCAGGCACACUCCGGGCACAGGAGUCAGUUUGAGCCUCAAGGGCUUAAAUUCAGACUACAAUCAUCACCAGGAAGUGUAAAAAUAAUUUGCAGCAGGAGAGUUCCUGAAGGGUUUUCCCUUUAUCCCAGUUUGCAGUUGGAACACUUCUCCAAAUCCUGGGCUGUCUCCCAGCUCCUGGAUCUUGAUUUCCUGCAUCAAUUCUUUUUAAUUCCAUGCGAUGCCUAUAGAUCAGUUACAUAUUCCAAGAGAUAAAUUUGUAGAGAUACAAUUACGUAUUUCUAAGAAAAAAAUGCUUUAUAUAUAUUAAGAAAUUAUAUAUAAACAUUUUCUUUAUAUAUUAAAAUCAUGUAUUGAAGUUAUUUCAUAUAAAUUUAAUAAUAUGUAAAAUAAUAAAAAUUAUAUAUGUUAUAUAUAUAUAUAGAAGUAGGAAAUUAAUCCUCAAGUUUCCAUUUAACUUUUUGAAACAGAUUGAAUUUAUUUAACUAAUUGUGUUUAUUUGUCAGUGCAGUCCCCUCUCAAGGAGCUGCUUCCAAAGUAACCAGUUCCCAAACCAUUCCAGGGUUCUGUGUGGGUCUCCCUGGGACACGGCACAUCCUCUUCUGGGCUACCUCGAGCAUGUUGAUCCAUCUAAUUCUACCUGAGAUGUCACAGGACAUGAAAACCUGCUCCAGCUGCACCUGGGAGGAAAGGGGAGCCACAAUCUUCCUCCAGAGUGGGAUUUUAGGAGCUGUUGAUCUCUCCCUGGUGAGCAGCAAGACGCAGCCUGAAUUUAUCUUUUUAUCUCUAAAUGAAGAAUCACAGCUGGAGCACAGUGAGCAGGUACUGGGAAGAUCGUGGACCUCCAUGCACGACUGGUUGGAGGAGCGCUAAGAGGAAGCCCUGCAAUUUCCCGACGCUCUGUCCUGCAAAGAACACGUCUGAAGCGGGCUCCUCGGCCUCAUGGACAUUGCCAGUGCUUUCCAUAGCGCUGCCCGGGCUUGUCUGGGAAUGGGAACAGGAAUGGGAACGGGAACGGCUGGUGGGAGCUCUGGCAGAGCCCCUGGAGACCAGGUGGUGCUUUAGGAAAGCCCCUCCAGCCUGGGAAGGUGCUUUUGGCUCCGGACACAUUCCCAGAGCCCAGGAGCAGCAGGACCUGUGCUGUGCCCAGCAGGACAGGAAAAACCACUUAACUCAUCCCACCUUUGCCCAGCUUUGGUGUUUGAGCAGCCAAACCCAACGGGCUCCAGCUGCACUGGAGGGCCCCUGGUCCUGCCCAGGGUGUGAGAUGCUGGAAUUGCCUCCUGGAUGUGCACUGAGCUCUCGCUGCAGGGAACUGCCAGGCCUUGGUGGUUCACAAGCCCGUGCCCCAUCAGUCCAGCGGCCCCUGCAAUUCCUGAGCAGUGACAAUUCCUCAGAAGCCAAGAACGAGCAGCUGCAGGUGGAGACACAUCUGGAGCAGAGGCUGCAAUUCCGCACUGGAAGCUCCAGCCCUUGGCUCUGAUGGAAUCCCUUUGCCUUGAGGCCUUGCAGAGUGGAGCUGCUGAUUCCUGGCACAUGGAAGUGAAUAGUUCCAUGAUUUUUUAAAGCUGGAUAAUGGAAUAAUUUCUGCCCGAGCUCCUCUUCCUACUACAAAUGUGUGGCUUUACCUGCUGCUUUGAUUCAAUGUUUAGAGCAAUGUAAUAAACUCCACAAAAACUCA